GCAAUUACUUUUCAUUUUUUCAUAACCUUAAAUUUUCUACUUUAGUGUCUAGUGUACAAUUUUUGUUAAUUUUGUUUGUUUAUGUUUUGGUGGUUAAAAUUAGCGCAAAACGUUAAAAUUAUGUCAAAAAGAAAUAAGAUUCCUGAUGGGUGGCGUGAUUACACGCCUGUGGGAAAGUGCAUUUCGGGAACAAGGAUAAUACCCCUCAAAGUCCCUUUACGUGAGAAUAUGUGCCAGAGAAAUCUUCCACGAGAUGAAUGGUUUACUCCUGACAUGUUGAUUAAGCAAGAGCCUAAACUUAAAACCAUCAUCGAUUUAACCAACACAGAUCGGUACUAUAAUGGAGCGAGGGAAUUUGGCACAAAGGGCAUUGCCCACGUGAAAAUCAGCGUGGAGGGACAGGGGAAACUGCCGCCAGCCGGAAAAAUACAGCAAUUUCAACAAGUUGUGGAUGAAUACUUGGACAAAAACAAAGACAAUGAUGCACUAAUUGGUGUUCACUGUACCCACGGCCUGAAUAGGACUGGAUACUUCGUCUGUAGUUGGAUGCUAGACCGACUAAAAAUAGACCCAGAGGAAGCCAUAAGACGCUUUAACGAAGCAAGGGGUCAUAAAAUCGAAAGGAAAAUGCUGUUAGACGAUUUGCGAACGAAGUCCACGGAAAAGUCCUAACAAUACACUUCACCUCUGGACGAUAGCAGUUACGAAGUGCCUUCGUCAAGUAGGACGUUACGAUCGUCACACUUCGUCCAGAAACUGACCUCCUUAACUAAGAAGGUCCAGAAAUGACGUAUAUUCAAGCGGCGAUCAUAAAAAUAGAAAAAAGAGCGACUGAUUUUUUUUUCUUUUUUAAACCUAAUAAAAUAUUUUUGGACUGUUAUGAAA